GAGGAACCGCAACUCGCUUGAUUAAAAUAAAUGCUCUUAAAGAUUGUCUCCCCGUAGCGGAACGGUGAUUGGGCCAUAACGCUUUAUCUCGAUUAUCGAUCUCCGUUGUUCAUCGAUUAAACUACAAUAUCUCAAUCUUUUGAAUCAGUGCAGGGCUGAGGAUUUGUCCCAAACAAACCGCUGGAUUUUGGAACAGCUACACAUGCAGGUCGCAAACAGACACACUGGCAAGCGCGCGUGAAGGUGCACGCCUCCAUUCAGGAAUUCGAAAACAUACCAGAAAUUAACUAAAUACACACAACUGUAUUCAAUGUGCCAGAUUUCUACGUGACGUGAUUCUCUUUGUAAAAAGACUUUGUUAAUUGAAUGUUUAUAUUCGUAUCCAUAGGAUAACUCUUUUUCUUCUCUGUGAUUUUAAUUUCCUAAGCCAAAGCAAGCCCGCUGGAGUUUAAGAACUCUCUGCCUACUCACCUGCGAUGUCGACAUUGUCGGAAGCAAGCCGCUCUGAUGGAAUGGAGGCUGAUAUGCUGCCUGACUCAGGAACUGAGCUACCAAGAUUGGAUAUAGACGAAGUAAAUAAAGAAGCUGAAGAGUUCUCUACGAAGGAAGAUUUGGUUGGUUACUCCAUCAAGACAUCUCGAACUUCUCUAACCACCUCCAGAGCCACCUUCUCCCGCACACCGAGCAAUAUGAUAGCACAACCAGAAGAUGAGGACUCUGAAGAAGAUGAGCACACCCAUAGCAGCGUACUCAUCACGGAGUUGCAGAUAGAAGAUGCUGAAACGAGAGAUGAAGUCCACCAAGAAGAUGUUGAGAAGCAGGAAGUCGACUCGCUUUACGAUCAGCUCAUGAACGAACCAGUCAGGAAGGGAGAAAUAAAAGUCAUUCUGUACGAUGAUAAACCUGAGGAGUUUUACGAAACAGAUUUAGAGAGUGAAGCUGAAGAAGAGGAAGACUUUGUCAUCUCCUACUACAAAACUGUGUGUGAGCAGUUAGGCCAGGUCCCUGUGGCCUACUUCCUUCACCGGAUUCGAGAGCCCACUAUCAGGAUGAGAUACAGAGGUCUGGGCAAUGAGGCAACCAAGGCUAUCGCUUUAGCGCUCAAAGAGAGUGUAACACUUGAACGUCUUGACCUCUCAGGCAACUGGAUAGGACCUGAUGGCGCUAAUUCUAUGGCCAGGCUGCUGGAAGAAAAUGAUUAUGUAACUGAUGUGAUUUUAUCCGAUAACAAAAUGGGAAGCGAAGGAGGUGAACAAAUAGCUAAAAUGUUGAGCAUCAAUUGUGGAUUAAGGCGCCUGGAGCUCUCAGGGAAUGACUUCGAUGAUAAAUGUGCACAGAACUUUGCUUUGGCCAUUGAAAACAAUAAAUAUCUAAGGGAGUUAAAUCUAAGUCAUAACAGAUUUACGGAACUUGGAGCCGAAUAUUUGGGUCAGGCCAUAGGUUCAAACGAGAAUUUAGACGUCCUUGACCUUAGCUGGAAUCACAUACGAGAAGCUGGUGGAAUAGCAAUAGCAAAAGGUUUAAAGGAAAAUGUGAGACUCAAAGUGUGCAAUCUCUCUUGGAAUGGUCUAGGCGUCAAGGGCAGUUUGGCCCUGGUGGACGCCAUGUCCAGCAAUCAAAGUAUUACAGAACUGGACAUCUCUGGUAACAGAUUCACUCAGGAAGUGGCCACUGGGUUCGCUAAGGUCUUGUCUACUAAUGAUACAAUGAAAAUACUCAGGAUGGGGAACAACCUAAUCACAUCAGCGGGCGCCCUUGCCCUCGCCACAGGCAUUAAUAACGCCCAGCACUGCGAGAUGGAAGAACUUGACCUUACGGAUGUCCCAGUUGAGUAUGAGUUUUUGAGAACCACUGAGGACGUGAAGUCAACUCGCCCCAACUUUCGGGUCAAACACGGACCUAUAAUGAGGGCGGGGAACACCCUGCAAGACAUCUCUAGUCCGGCCAUUGAUGUGGAGAAAAUUAAAAAAGAACCUGUUGUAUUGUUGAAAGAACACAUCAUCGUGAAUGAUUUCCGGCUACUUGAUAUACUGAAGAGAUACGACGAAAAUAGCACACUAAGUAUUUCAGCUGAAGAUUUCAUCGCAGCUCUUGAGGAGCUAGCUGUCCCAUAUGACAAGAAAAGACUUGAGAGCUCAGUAAAAGCAUUUGCUGCAACUUCAACAGGAAAGAUUUAUUUUGGGAGUUUUGUUUCUGCGGAACAUAAAAAGCAAAUGGCUGAACAGGAGAAAGUUUCCUAGUGCCUGACAGCAUACUGUUCCAUGGCCUUGACCUUGUAUCCCACUCCGGAGAGGACUGUCUCUUGCAGACGUUAAAUCUAAACCUUGUAUUGAAACUGAAAAUGUUCGUUUGUAGAAUGUGAAAUUACAAAAAGCAUUUAGCAUAUUGCCUGUUGUACAUAAUGAUUUAUUGAUUAAGAAAUUCAUAUUAGUGUUGCUGUUUUCUUGGUGAGUGAUGUUUUAAAUAUCAGAUUUCAACACGAAGGCUGUGAUUCUUGAGCACGCUGCAGUCGAAGAGCUACUGAUUUUGAAUCUUAAAAAUUCUUGACCAGGUGUAUUAUAUGUAAAUACGUAUAUAUGCCCUUUGAAAUUGAGCCAUAUGUUUUGAUGAGUAAUUUACUAUAAUAAUUAUGUACAUAUACACAUGCUGUCAAAUAUGCAAAUAAAAAAAAAAUCUAAUAGGUUU